GUGCCAUUACUGUUUAAGAUUUGUUUAACUGUAUUUAUGUUGUUCUUUUGCUAGGUUGUAAACUGCUGUCUUUCACUGAUAUGCCUCCUAGCUGGACAGAGGGGAUUAGAUGUCCUUGCUAUGGAUUCCUAUGUAUUGGCAUGUUGGAGUCCACCUCAUUGCGUAGACCCUUUUGAAUCACUACCAGCAGAUGCAGCAUUUAAAGGCUGCAUCCUAUUUACAAUAUGGACACCAGGACAUUGGCACUUGUGUCAUGAUCGCAACAAAAUUGGUUGCUGGAAACUGGCAUCUUAUUAAAAACAAGGAUAUUCCAUCACAGAGAGACAGCUUGGACUGUGGAGUGUUCAUGCUAAUGUAUGCACUAUACAUUACUUUUGAGUGGCCUUUUGAUUUCACCCAGAUCGACAUGCCUUACAUUCGUGAGUGCUGGCUGAACUUAGUGUUAAAGUGCAUGAGCCAUGAAAGGGAAGCCUCAAGCCUCAAGGAAGACCAAAUGAGCUUCAUGAACGGUUGUCUCAAGGAACAUGGGAUUAUUGCGUUGCCAGCAUCUGUUCUGGAGGACAUUUUUAUCCAUGUUGUUCUCCAGGAGGGUGACGAGGCAAUUCUGACACUGGCACUUGUGUGCACUCGCUUCAGAGACCUUGUGACGAGGGAAGCCUUCAGAAGACGAGUCCAUUUUCUUUGGCUUGACAGUGUCACAAAUUGGAGUGCUUUCUCCUCAUACUACAAGGCGGAGUUCUACAAAAUGUACAGACUGGAAACUUGUAUGCAGUGUGGAGACACAUUCAAAAAUUGUAUUUGUGUUUUGCAGUUUUAG